CUCAACCCAAUUUCAACCUCGCAAAAGAACCUCAUAUCUAAACGUUGCAUUCGAUUUCCGAUGACGACGCCGCUGAAUCUCGCCGCCGGAGAUUUUUCGUUCCAUUUCUCCUCAUCCACUGGUUCUCACCGCCGGAACUCUGUCCGAGCCGUUUCGGCGGAAGCGGUCCAGGUGCGGCUGCCGGCGCCGAGCUUCUACGAGGUGCUGCGAAUCCAGCGCCACGCUUCGCCGACGGAGAUCAAGUCUGCUUACCGGAGCCUCGCGAAGCUCUAUCAUCCCGACGCGGUGGUGCGGCAUGCCACAGAGGACGUUAGAGCUGGCGAAGCCGCCGACGGAAACUUCAUCCAGAUCCGAAGCGCGUAUGAGACGCUAUCGGAUCCAUCGGCAAGGGCGACGUACGAUCGAACGCUGACGGCGGUGCACGGCGGAAGGCACCGCCAGUUUCCGGUUCCUCUUAGUCGGAAUCACUCGUCGACGUUUUACGCAACACGAAGAUGGGAAACGGACCAAUGCUGGUAGGUGGAGCUUCGGAUGCUUAACUUCGCUCGGGCUGGAUUGAAUGACAGGCAAGAAAGGAAUUGCUGGCUGAAAAUGAUGUGAAGAAAGAGUGAUGAUAAUCUGAAAUUACUGACUUAGAUGUAUAGAUUAAACAGACUGAGAGGAAAAGUGAGAGAAUGAGGCAAAUUUUGCUUCUGUUUCUUUUUGUGAGAAUGUAAAAUGCUUUGGUUGUGUAUAGUUAUUUUAAAAAUUUUCUUUUUCGGCAA